AUGUCGAUCAACAGGGUCCUUCUUGUUACUCUGUACCUCUCAGGCUAUGCCCUCGGCCACCCUGCCUUCCAAAGGCGUCAGGACGAAGACUCGCCUGCCGUCCCUGAGGAGUCCGAGGUCCCCAUCCCAGAUGUUCCUGAAAUCAUUCCCGACCUUCCCGAUGUCGACCCCGAGCUUCCCGUCAUUGUAGUCCCCGAGCCCGGCGAGGAGGAGCCUGCUGAGCCGGAGGAGCCUGCUGAACCAGAGCCGGAGCCCGAGGAGCCCGAGGAGCCGGUUGAACCAGAGCCCGAGCCUGAAGAGCCCCCAGUAACUCCUAUUGAUCCCGUCGUCCCCGGUCUUCCCACCAUGCCCACCCUACCCGGAUUCCCUGGCGGCGGUGUCGGCGGUUUCUUCGGCGCGACUCCCCUCCUCUGUUACCCGCUCCCGUUCCUCGGCGGCUUCCCUAACCCUGGCGGCGUCAUCCCGCCCGGCCCCGUUCCCGUUACGCCGACACCCACCGAGCCGAUACCGGAACCGGAGCCGGAGCCGGAGCCAGCCGGCCCGACCAGCAGGCCCCAGAUUCCCCCACCGACGAUUCCCGAAGAGGGAGAGGAGGAGCCCGCCGAACCUGAAGAGACGGCCGCCCCCGAGGAGACGGCUGCUCCUGAGGAGCCUGAGGAACCCGUUGAGCCCGAAGAGCCGGCGGAGCCCGAAGAACCUGUCGAGCCCGAGGAACCCGAAGAGCCCGAGGAACCCGCCGAACCCGAGGAACCCGUUGAGCCUGAGGAGCCUGAGGAGCCUGAGGAGCCUGAGGAGCCUGAGGAGCCUGUGGAACCCGAAGAACCUGAAGAGCCCGAGGAGCCUGUAGAACCCGAGGAGCCAGCGGACCCCAACGAGCCAACUCCCGAGGACCCCGUACGCUAA